GCUUUGAUUUAUUGUUUGCCACAGUCGAAAUGAAGUCAAUUGCCCCCAUAAUAGCCCUUGCUUUCUUGGCCAGUUUUUACCUGGCCGAAGUAUCACCGCAAAUCAUUCUCGAAGUUCCCGGCUAUGGCGUUCUAAACGGCACGACUGAUUUCUCUUACGAUGCCGGACGCCUAUUCUAUGCCUUCCGCAGCGUCUUCUAUGCCGAAAAGCCUGCACCGCAGGGUCGGUUUUUGCCGCCGGUUCCAAAAGCUCCUUAUCCCAUGGACGAAAUCCAACAAGCUACCAGCAAUAACUUUGCAUGCCCUCAACCUGGUUUCGGAGAUGAAGAUUGCCUUUCUCUCAACGUUUACACGCCACAACUGCCAUCCGAUUCCAAUCCUUCUCUUCCUGUUUUGAUUUUUAUCCACGGAGGUGGCUUUACUGCCGGAUUCGCUUCGGCAUUCGACUCGGUGAACCGAUAUUUGGAUCACGAUAUCGUUGUCGUUGUCAUUCAAUACCGUCUUGGACCGCUUGGAUUUAUGUCGUUUGACACGGACGAGGUGCCUGGCAAUGCUGGUAUUUUCGACCAAAUCGAGGCUUUACGUUGGGUCAACAAGAACAUUCAAUAUUUCGGAGGCGAUCCCAAUCAAGUAACCAUCUCAGGCGAAAGCGCCGGCAGUGGUAGCGUUUCGCUCUUACUCUUAGCGCCACAAGCCAGAGGACUGUUCCAUCGCGCCAUCGGUGAGAGUGGCUCCGUUCUUUGCGGAUGGGGUAUCGAUGAUAUCGGCGGAGUCAAAGCGAUUUCGUUGAAAAUAGCGGAACUGGCGGGAUGUCCACUUGAACCCUAUGAGGACCUGCUCAACUGUGUCCAAACCAUCGACGCAGAAUUACUUUCAGCCGCUAUGAAAGAAUAUACGAAUGAAGAUAAGGUGAUGAAUGGUGGUCUCGGAUUCAGCUUUUUACCCGUCAUUCAAGUGGCUGGAGCUCAGAGGAUCAUCGAGUCGGACCCACGGCAGCUUUUCAAUUCCGGAAACUUCACAAUCGUUCCAACGAUGUUUGGUGCAAAUCAGCAGGAGGGCUCCCUAACAGUUGCAGGUUUGUACGACUACUACCUCGAACCGAACAAUUUGACCGAAAAUGAGACCUUUUUGGCCAACGAUUUUGUCCCACUGAUUCUCAAAUCCUUGUUUAUCGAGGAUGAAUCCGGCGAGUUGGCGGCCCAGUUGACCGAGAAACAUUUAGGAGAUGCCGAAUUGGGCAACUUUACAUCGAUGACGCCUGGACUUACAGACUUGAGCAGUGUACUGUUCAUAAAAGAAGGAACAUACGAAAAUUUACAGCUCAUUUCUCAGCACAACCCAAGCGCAUUUUUCUAUUCGUUCGAAUACGAAGGGAGGAACAGCUUGUGCAAUGCCUUUUUUAUUGGAAAUCAACCACCGGUUCCUCAUGGCGUGUGUCAUUCUGACGAAUUGAUCUACCUUUUCGUUUACCGAUUUACAUCCAUCCCGCCGAGUCUUAAUGCCAUUGAGACCGAGGUCUCAAGGAAAAUGCUUCAGAUCUGGACAAACUUUGUGAAAUAUGGCGAUCCGACUCCCGACGGCGUAGCCCUGCUGGACGGUAUUCCAAAAUUCGCGCCAUACAACGCAGCGGACGAAUUUUACAUGGCGAUGGAUGAGGUUUGGACAACAAAAUCGGACUACACUUUGACUUACACAGUGACCGCCGAUGAACUCAACCCUUCGCCUAACUAGUGAGGAAAAUGCGUAAACUAAAAUAUAGAAUGCUGAUCGCUUUCACCUAUAUAUUAACCUAGCUAAUCAACUUUGCUGGCCGCCUUGCCCCUAGUGUUACGUGCUCGGCUACCAAUAAAUAAAACAGUUAUAAUACAAAAUUAUACAU